AUGGCUGCAGAGCCCCCACACAUCAGAUACACCAAGUUCCCUAGCGCGGCAACAGGCAGCGAGAGUGUUCGCUGCAGCCAGUGGGGUUGGCGGGAGCAGGAGCGAGUGGUGCGCAGGCGCUCUUUAGAGCACCUAGAGCCUUUGGCUGCAGGACCCUGGAAAACAGGAAAAGAUAAAGCAUCAGACAAAAAAGUGCAGAUAAAAGGGAAGAGAGGAGUGAAGGGCAAACAGGCUGAAAUGGCUGACCAGCAAACUACAGAUCUACCUGCAGAAAAUGGAGAGACAGAAAACCAGAGUCCCGCCUCUGAGGAAGAGAAAGAAGCAAAGUCCGACUAAGCAUCCAUCAUGUCUGUCAGUGGUCUCCGCCUCCCUUCCUGUACAUUCCAGAGGGAUAUUUUUGUCAACUAUUUUGUAAAUGAGAGUUUUUAA